AUGGUAAGGCAUGCGUCGUGGCAAUUGACUAUACCAAUGUUUCAGAUCUCAAGCUUAAAAAAAGUAAUCGUUGAUCAAUACUUUUAUGAGAAUAAUUUCAAGUAUUUUAACAAUGAUCAACUCUUAAAUAAUCCUAUAGAUUUAAAAGCUUUUAACUGUCGCUCAAAACCCAAGCAAAGGGGAUUUAAGUUAAUUCUUUCGUUGCAAUGUAAUAGAGGCUUAUAUGGAUCUUCUUCGAAGCAAACGUCGACAUCUUUAAUUUUUUCCAUUCUUUGUAAAGCUACAUCUACGUUAAAUUCAGUGUAUUCAAGACAAAAAAAAAUACACAGUGCUUGUUCUCUUGCUAUAUUAUCAGCCAUAAGGUUGGGAUUUUUACGAUUUUGAGAAAUGUGUUUUGCCAAUAAAUGGAUUGGUAUCUUUCAAGCUCCCCAAUUUUAACGCGUACACGAAAAGCCCUGAUAGAAAAGAAAAGCAGUGAAAAAGCCCAGUUAAAAAAGGAAUCUGUAAUUUCCGACAAUAUCAGGUCAUAAUAUUAAGCGAUACUUGUG